ACGUAACAAGUUCAUUGGUUGAAUAAGUUAUCGCUCCUGUCACAAUUUUCCUGAAAAAAAAAGCUUUACAGAGGAAUUGGAAACUGAUGAAAGUCUUAACUUUAGACUUUUAAGCCUAUGAAAAUUGCGUACCGUGUAGCGUAUUACUCAUCGAAUGUUACUAGUUCAACUCAGGCCGCUUCGUAGAUUAGUAUCGUUUAUCGGAAGGGCUUCGUCAACUACUUGCAAAAUGGCUGUGAAGCGCGAAGAAAUCCUGUUGUUGUUUGAUGUGGACGGUACGUUAACUAAGCCACGACUUGCCAUAGAACCGUCGUUCAAGGAAUUCCUUUACCGGGAUGUCAAGCCCAGAGCAACCAUAGGACUGGUGGGAGGAUCCGAUUUGGAUAAAAUGUUUGAACAACUGAAUGGCCGCGAGAUACUGAAUAAAUUCGACUACGUUUUUCCGGAGAAUGGACUGGUAUCGUACGUCAAAGGAGAACAGACUGACAAGGCUUCAUUAACAGCAUAUUUGGGUGAAGAAACUCUCCAAAAGUUUAUCAAUUUCUGCCUUCGUUAUUUGUCUGAACUUAAAAUUCCUGUCAAAAGGGGAACUUUCAUCGAAUUCCGAAGUGGCAUGAUCAACGUGAGCCCUAUUGGGCGGAACUGCUCGCCGGAAGAGCGAGCCGCGUUCUUCGAGUACGAUAAAGAUCAUAAAGUACGACAGACAAUGAUCAACGCAUUGAGGAAAGAAUUCAGCGAGGUAGAUCUCACCUACAGUAUUGGCGGACAGAUCAGCUUCGACGUGUUCCCUAAUGGUUGGGACAAAACUUACUGCCUUAGACACGUCACCAAAGGAACUAGUUUUAGGGAAAUUCACUUCUUCGGAGACAAAACUGACCCAGGAGGUAACGAUCAUGAAAUUUUCGAGGAUGCCAGAACGAUUGGACACAAAGUGACCUCUCCGGAAGAUACCAAACGCCAACUGAUCCAGCUGCUGAAUAUAAAAUAAAACGCUAGUUUAUUUGAACUUUGUAAUUGUUUUUAUUCUACGAGAAACUUAUCUUUAAUGUAUGGUUUGACCACAGCUUUAAAACCUCAGUGGAAUCGAGGUUUAGAAAAUAAAUGCACUUUUCUAUCACAUGA